AUGAACACAGUAAACAAGCACCCAAAAGUUAAGCUGGAACUCAUCCUGAACAGCAACAUCUAUGAAGCUGGUGGUAGCAUUUCUGGUAGACUUGAAAUGGCUUGCGCGACCAGCCAGCGCCUUCGAAUCGGAGAGAUCGCCGUCGAGCUCGAGGGAAUCGAGGAGCUUACAUCGCGAGAUCAUGCCGCUACACAAAUGUUCCUGUUCAACAGAACAAUGUUUCAAGGAGAACACCUCCCACCUUCCAACGCUGUC